UUUACCUCUUAACACACAUGGUGUCGUUCAGCAAAACACGUCUGCUGUCGACUCGUGUUGUUGCAGUAAAGUCAUCGCGUCUGUAGCGCUCAACAUUCGGACUCAGGGUGCACGAGAAGCCGUGUUAGCACAGCUAGCACAGGUGUUGUUGUAUUUCCAUCCGGACACAUAGUGUUGUGUAGUGGGUCUGUAUCAACAUGGAUAUCCGCGGGGCCGUGGACGCUGCAGUCCCCACCAACAUCAUCGCUGCCAAGGCAGCCGAGGUGCGGGCCAACCUGGUCAACUGGCAGUCCUACCUGCAGAGUCAGAUGAUUUCAGCAGAGGACUGCGAGUUCAUCAAGAAGUUUGAAGUCGCCAACUCUGAGGAGAAACAGGUCAUUCUGAGCAAUGAAGGACAUCAGUGUGCAAAAACCUUUCUGAACCUGAUGGCCCACAUCUCCAAGGAGCAGACAGUCCAGUACAUCCUGACUCUUAUUGAUGACACACUGCAGGAGAACCAUCAGAGGGUGAACAUCUUUUUUGACUACGCCAAAAAGACGAAGAACACCGCCUGGUCAUAUUUCCUUCCCAUGCUCAAUCGUCAGGACCUUUUUACCGUCCACAUGGCGGCAAGGAUCAUCGCGAAGCUUGCUGCGUGGGGUCGUGAUCUGAUGGAGGGAAGCGAUCUGAACUAUUAUUUCAACUGGAUAAAAAGUCAGCUCAGCUCACAGAACCUACAUGGUACAGGUCCAGAAACAAGCUCAGGAGCAGGAACAAUAUCCCCCAGUGAAAGCUCUCAGUAUGUCCAGUGUGUGGCUGGGUGCCUUCAGCUGAUGCUGAGGGUGAACGAGUAUAGGUUUGCCUGGGUGGAGGCUGAUGGGGUCAACUGCAUCACAGCGGUGCUGAGCAACAAGUGUGGCUUCCAGCUCCAGUACCAGAUGAUCUUCUGUGUUUGGCUCCUGGCCUUCAGUCCUCAGCUCUGUGAACAGUUGAGACGCUACAACGUAGUGCCAGCCCUGUCCGACAUCCUCCAGGAGUCUGUCAAGGAGAAGGUCACUCGAAUCAUCCUGGCUGCCUUCAGGAAUCUCCUCGAGAAGUCGUCAGAGCGGGAGACUCGUCAGGAGUACGCUUUGGCCAUGAUUCAGUGCAAGGUGCUGAAGCAGCUCGAGAACCUGGAGCAGCAGAAGUAUGACGACGAGGACAUCACCGAGGACAUUAAAUUCCUGCUGGAGAGGCUGGGAGAGAGCGUGCAGGAUCUGAGCUCAUUCGAUGAGUACAGCUCUGAACUCAAGUCUGGACGCCUGGAAUGGAGUCCAGUCCACAAGUCUGAGAAGUUCUGGCGAGAGAAUGCCGUCCGUCUGAACGAGAAGAACUACGAGCUGCUGAAGAUCUUGACGAGGCUGUUGGAGGUGUCCGAUGAUCCUCAAGUCAUCGCAGUUGCGGCUCACGACAUUGGAGAGUAUGUGCGACAUUACCCACGUGGCAAACGGGUGAUCGAGCAGCUGGGUGGAAAACAACUGGUGAUGAAUCACAUGCACCACGAGGACCAGCUGGUCCGUUACAACGCCCUGUUGGCUGUGCAGAAGCUGAUGGUCCACAACUGGGAGUACCUCGGACGACAACUCCAGUCCAGCGACCAGCAGCAAGCCCCGGCCGUGGCGGCUCGAAGCUGAACUGUUCCUGUGCAUGUGUGUUUGUGUAUUAUUGUGUGGAUGAGUGUGUGCAUUGAGCAUUUUGAUCGUCUUCAGCUCAUUUUGUGUAACGACUCGAAAAUCAAAACCACGUGACUUUCUCCUCCAGUUCAAAUGAUCCUCGAUGUUACUUGAUUUGACUGUCGUGUUUCGUGACGUGGCCCCUCAGCUCAGUGAUGUGUGGUGAUUUAUGUCGCACUUUAUGUCUGUGAUAAUGUACAAAACUGCAAGUUAUUUAAGUCUUAACCUGUAAAACAUUCUAUGUGUCCCAAUAAAGAUGCUCAUCUAUGGUGCUGCUGUGA